ACAAAAGAAAAGAAACAAAAAUUGGUGUACCAAAUCCACGCACCCUCAUAAUCAAAUUGCUUCUAUUCCCUUGUACCAACUUAGAUCCAAUCAAAGUAUUGUAUAGAAUAAAUCUGAAAACGUCAUCUUGAGAUUUGCAUCUCAAAGAUCCAGCAUCUAGAUUUGCAAUUUCAUACAUUACACACAUCAAAAAUAACAUCAAAAAUAAACGUCCGACAAACGGCAAUAAAGGCAUGGCGAUGAUGUAAAAUACCACGUACUACGUUGUAAUUGUACAUACAAAACUUCCACGAUUCAAAGUCUCACACUAGAACUAGAUUUCUGAUUAUUCCACGUUUCACUCUUUCUCUCAAAGUCUUUCACCGUUGAUUCUUCUCCAUUAUUAGAUUUGGAUAUUUCUUAGUUUGAUUUUUCAGUUUGUUGAAAGAAAAAAACUUUACUCUUUUCUUACACUUAUCAUUAGCUUUACUUAUUACUCCUCUUACUAGAAUCAGAAAUCAUUUUGAGAUUGAGAUAAAAAAAAAAACCGUUGAUUAAUUCUCCAUAAAAAUCCCAUCUUGGUAAAGAAAACUCAGGUAUCUUCUGAAUUUACUUCAUUCCUAAUUUCUUAGUUAAAGGAAAAAAAAUUGAUUUUCAGAUCUUACACUGAGUAUAAAAAUCUAUUAAUUGCAAAUCUCAGUAUGUUAUCUUUAGUAAUAAAGGAGAUGGAUUGUGGGUUUUGUGAAUUUGAAGGUAAAGUUUGAAACUUUGAUAUUGUAGUUAGUACUGGUUGUUUGUUGAUGCUAAAGAUGGCUUUAGAAGAAGGCAAAGAACCUAUAACUGUUAUUGUUAGAACAAAUAGGAUUUUACCUCAGAAAAUUAUCUUGUUGUUAGGGUUAUUUUUAGUAUUGGGUAUUGGUAUACCAAGUAUUAGUAUGUACAUGAUUCAAUACUUUGGAAUUGAGAAUGUAAUUACAUAUUCAAAGUCAAGUUUUCAAGGAUGUUUCGAAGAGCCGGAUAAUCUAGAGAAAUGGAUUAGACCACCAUUUAGUUUGAUGCAUAAUAUGAGUGAUAAAGAGUUACUAUGGAGAGCUUCUUUUGUACCGAAAGUGAAGAAGUAUCCGUUUAAUCGAGUUCCGAAGAUUGCAUUCAUGUUCUUGACUAGAGGGCCUUUGCCUCUAGCACCUAUUUGGGAAAAGUUUUUGAAGGGGCAUAAAGGGUUUUAUUCGAUUUAUAUUCAUUCCUUGCCGAGUUAUCGUCCCAAUUUUGCUCGGUCAUCGGUGUUUUAUCAAAGACAGAUUCCUAGCCAGAUGACUGAAUGGGGUAGGAUGAGUUUGUGCGAUGCUGAGAGACGACUUCUUGCGAAUGCGUUACUUGACAUCUCCAACGAACGUUUCGUCCUUGUCUCUGAAUCAUGCGUUCCUCUCUUCAACUUCACCGUGAUCUAUAACUACUUGGUGAAUUCCAGAUACAGUUAUAUGGGUGCAUUUGAUGAUAAGGGGCCCUUUGGGAGAGGACGUUACAACCCUCGUAUGGAACCAGAGGUGAGCAUAACAGAUUGGCGUAAAGCGUCACAAUGGUUUGAAGUUAAUAGAAAGCUUGCAGUUGCUGUAGUGGAAGAUACAAAGUUCUACCCCAAGUUCGAAGAAUUUUGUAGGCCGGCAUGUUAUGUGGACGAACACUAUUUCCCAACCUUGUUGACCAUCCGAGCUCCAAACCUCUUAGCAAACCGGACAAUAACGUGGGUCGACUGGUCACGAGGAGGCCCUCACCCUGCCACCUUUGGCAAAGCUGAUAUUACAGAGGAAUUUCUGACAAGAAUUCGCCAAGGUCACAACUGCGAAUAUAAUGAUCAACCAUCUUCAGUUUGUUUCCUUUUUGCAAGGAAAUUUGCUCCGAGUACUCUGGAUCCUUUAUUAAAAUUUGCACCCAAGAUUCUUGAGUUCUGACAAGCGCAUCAUGAGAGUACGUCAACCACCUUCAUCAGGUUCUACUCUGCACAUUCUUGGUUAAUACUUUGUCACAUUUAUUUAUAGAAUUUGUAGAAGUUUGUACGAUUUUCAGAUGUACAGAAAAAACUAGAAUGCAGAUAUAGUGGCUUAGAUCGUGUAUCCCGAAAUUUAUAUACUUAAUCUUUGUUAGGUAUUAUAGUUCAAUCUGUAGAUCUUUGUUGCAGCCAUUAAAGUGAAAGGAAAAACUGAAUGAUGUACUGAAAUUUUACUUGCGUUACAAUAAGUGUGAUAUAAUGGUUUAUGUGAACAA